CCCAGUCCAAGGAGGAGGAGGGUGCAGCUUCGCAACUUCUCCGCCAGCAGAGUGUCCGAGAUCCCUGCGGGCCUAGCGCCGGGCAGGACUCGCCCACUCUAGGGACGCAGUCUGUCAGAGUUCCGACGAGGCCGUGGAUGAGGGCCCCGCGUGGGCUGUCCCGUGCCUCCGCGCCCAUGUCCACGCAAUGGCUCCGACGCCGCUUCCUGCACCGGGUCCCCUCCUGGGGUCGAGACCAAUCCAAGGGGAGGGGAUGGGCAACCUGCCUCGGGGACACUGUCGGUAGCCGGGGACCCCAAGCCUGUGGCAGAGCCGAGUCGGCUAGUCCGCUCCCCUACCGGCGGCCCAAGUUCCUGCGAGGUGUCGGCGCGACUCCCCGGCCUGACACUUACCUAGACCCUCAGAUCCGUCCCAGGCCGGUGUACUGUCCGGCCCCGGACCGGUCCCUGCCUUGGAACACGGGCUAUGCGGAGGUUAUUAAUGCAGAGAAGUCUGAGUUCAAUGAAGACCAGGCAGCAUGCGGUCAGCUGUCCAUCAAGCAUAGGGAAUUAGGGGACGAUGACCAGGAGUGGAUGAUCCUGUGCCAGGAGGAGUAUGUUACUGGCUGUUACUGGGCGCUGUUUGAUGGUCACGGGGGUCCCGCUGCUGCAGUCAUUGCAUCCAAUAUCUUCCAUAGCUGCUUGCGGGGAAAGCUGGAGGAUGUAGUGGAAGGCAUCCUAGCUCCCCAGCCCCCUAUGCACCUCAGUGGAUGCUGCAUCUGCCCCAAUGAUCCCAUGUUUGUGGAGGAAAAAGGAAUCCAGGCACAAGAUCUGGUGAUUGGAGCCAUAGAGAAGGCUUUCCAAGAAUGUGACACAAUGAUUGGGCAGGAGAUGACAGCCACUGGCCAGUCUGGGGGCUGCACAGCUCUGGCCAUCCUCUACCUGGAGGCGAAGCUGUAUGUUGCCAAUGCUGGGGAUAGCAGAGCCAUUCUUGUGCAGAGAGAGGGCAUGAGAGCUCUGAGCUCCGAGUUUACCCCUGAGACAGAGAGACAGCGAAUUCAGCACUUGGCCUUUAUUCAUCCCAGGCUUCUGGCUAAUGAGUUUACCAGGUUGGAGUUUCCCCGGCGCCUGAAAAGUGAAGACUUGGGACAGAAGGUUCUCUUUCGAGACUAUAACAUGAAUGGCUGGGGCUAUAAACAAGUGGAGAAAUCAGACCUCAAAUACCCACUGAUUCAUGGGCAGGGGAAGCAGGCUCGUUUACUAGGUACUCUGGCUGUGUCCAGAGGACUGGGAGACCAUCAGCUGAAGGUCCUGGACUCAGAUAUUGACAUCAAGCCCUUUCUUCUCUCCAUCCCCGAGGUAACUGUAAUAGAUUUAGAACAGGAGACUCAGGAGGAUGAUGUGAUCAUCAUGGCCACUGAUGGACUCUGGGAUGUCCUGUCUAAUGAACAAGUAGCCCAGCUAACACGCACCUUUCUCCAGGACAACAGACAUGACCAUAACAGGUUCUCAGAGCUGGCCAAACUGUUGAUCCACAGGACACAGGGAAGAGAGGAUGGCACCUGGGAACACAGCUCAGCAGGGAACGAGCUGGUGUCCUACGAUGAUAUCUCAGUGUUUGUGAUUCCUUUGCACCAUAAAAAACAAAGUAGUAGAGAUUCCUGAGGCCUUCCACUACUAGCCAAGCCCCACCUCUUCUUGAAACCCGGGAAGGGCCAAACUAAGGGAACCUCAAAAGGAGUUGACGAGGAUGACCCAAACAUGUCUUGGGUUUCACAUGUGCCUCAUUUACUCACAGCAGGCUCAAGACUAACCAGAAAGACAUGUCCUAAAUGAAAAAAAAGAUCUGGCUUACCCUGAGAGGGUAGAAUGAUUCCUGCCAAUUAAAGCCCCUACCUAAGGGCAAGGGAUGGGUCGUUCCUCCUCCCAUUCUUUGUCUCCAGAAAGUU